ACUUUUAUUUUUAAAUGUAUGCUCUGACUCGUGAACUGCUUCUAAGUAUCUCCGGCGGUGCUGUAGCGCCCCCAGCGGUGAAACAGGAGCGGUGUCUUCACGUAGGGCGUGAUAGCGCGGCCCCUCCCCCUCCACAGACGAUCUGGAAAAGAAAAAAACUUUUUUGUAUCGAAGGAAUCAACAGCCGCCAUCUUGUCGUGGCUCGGAAUUGGGAUUUCGGUCCAACACUGGUUUUUACGUAGAAAAUCGAGCGUCCUUACCGCGAUAUGACAACGUCCUUCCCCAGAAAACGAAAUCUUAACAUCGCCUCGGAGACAUUUUGUGCGAAAAAACGGGACUAGGAUCGGUGGUCGUCGGGCAAAACCCGCUCCGUAUAUCUGGUUUCCCCUUCAGCGGCGAUUCAGCCCCUGACGACGCUCAGCAGCGGUCUUGUUUACCGUGUGGGCAAGCGGAGACCGGAGCGUGACUUUCGAGACGAUUUGCAAAAAUACUGCAUUUUUAUGCAAUUGUGCAUUUUUGUGGAGCUUCGCGGGAAUUUUUGCAUGAAGAAAUUUGACGUCACUCAAAAUGGGCACUUUGAACAUAUAGAAAUUACGACAUUUCCCCCGGAGCGCAGCAGUCCGCCUGCUUUUAUUACACUUGCAUUUUGAAUUUCGAUUUUUUUUUUCAUGGGGGAUAUUUUAUUUCGGGGUAUUCAACGAUAAUAAUGUGGGUGUUGGGUGUUGGAUUAUCAUGGGGUGAAUGGCGGUGGCGAAGCGGGGCGCUAUUGCAUCUCUUUUGAAGAAGACACUCGCAGAGGAGCAGCUAACGCUAACAGGUAAUCUAGCUGCUAGCAGGCAAUUAGCUAACGUUAGCUAUUAGCCACUUAGCUAACGUUAGCAGGCUGCUAAUGUGUUAACCGGGAAGGUAAACAAGUUACCAGACAGAAAGUAAUCAUAAUCAUCAACUAAAGCAAAACUAUCCGGACAAGAGAACAACCAUGGCUGAAAACCUGCUGGACGUCGGACCUCCCAACUCUAAGCGGCCGAAGCUGACUUCACCUGCCCUGUCAGCGUCUGAUGGACCAGAUUUGGGAUCUCUGUCCUGGGAUGAUUUGGAGAAUGACCUUCCAGAUGAGUUGAUCCCUAAUGGAGGAGAUCUGGGCCUGAUGGGUGGGAUGCCUUCAAACGUCGGAGCAGCACCUGGAGCCGGUGGGCCCGGUGGCGUCCCUGUCGUACCGGAUGCAGCCGCCAAGCACAAGCAGCUCUCGGAGCUCCUUCGAGCCGGCAGCACCUCCGGUAUCGCAGGCGCCGGGCUGAACUCGACUAGCCCUCAGGCAGGCGGUUUGGGGCCUCAGCUGGUGGGGACACCACUGAGAAAGAGUCCCCUCGGCCAGGGCUCCCCCAACAACCACCCGUCCCCCCAGGCCCAAAAGGCGGGAACGCCGACUGGAAUAGCGGGACAGAACAACAACAAUACUGCAACAAUGGGCUUGAACACGGCGGGCUUCAACCAGGCCAUGAUUAACAAUAGCCAGGGCCAUGCCGGGCAGGUGAUGAAUGGUGGCCUUGCACCUGAAGCUGGGAGAGGACGGGGAGCAGGGGCGGCGGGCAUGCAGUACCAGGGGCCGACGAUGCAGGGGGCCGCUCCGGGACCAGGAGGAGCAGGGAGUGCGUUGGCAGAAACACUCGCCCAGGGGGGGCAGCAUAUCAGUGCAGCCCAGCAGGCGGGCAACAUGAACAAGCAGCAGGCGGCGAUGCUCCCGCUGGCCGGUGUGGCGGUGUCUUCGGCCGUACCCACAGCCGACCCGGAGAAGCGCAAGCUGAUCCAGCAGCAGCUGGUCCUGCUGCUUCACGCGCACAAGUGCCAGCGGCGGGAGCAGGCCAACGGGGAGGUGAGAGCCUGCGCCCUGCCUCACUGCCGCACCAUGAAGAACGUCCUCAACCACAUGACCCACUGCCAGGCCGGCAAGUCCUGCCAGGUGGCUCACUGUGCGUCGUCCAGACAGAUCAUCUCCCACUGGAAAAAUUGCACACGACACGACUGUCCCGUCUGCCUGCCGCUGAAGAACGCCAGCGACAAGCGCGCCCAGCAACCCAUGUUGAGCUCCCCCAGUACGGGCCUCCAGAACCCCAUGUCCUCAGUUGGUGUGGGCCAGCCCAGUGCUCCCACCAUCAAUACCUCAACCCCCAUAGACCCCAGCUCCAUGCAGAGAGCCUACGAGGCACUUGGGCUGCCUUACAGCAGCCAGACCACUGGGCGGGCCCCGGGAGGCCCCGGACAGACGGCAGGCGCACAGAAUGCCCAGCAACAGCUUCCGCAGUUGAGAUCCAUCAAUGCACUUGGUAACCAGAUGACUCUUGGAGGUGCAGCACUGUCCGUGACCACUUCAGAACAGACGAACCUGCACACAGACUCCCUUCCCAACACACUCAACACUAACAAUCAGCUGCUGUCAGACGGGUCAGCUAUGGGCUCAUUGGGCAGCCUGCCCACAGCAGCACCCAUCUCUGCCACAGGCACCAGGAAAUCGUGGCAUGAGCAUGUCACUCAGGACCUGCGCAAUCACCUCGUACACAAACUAGUACAAGCCAUAUUCCCUACCCCCGACCCGGCAGCUUUGAAGGACAGACGGAUGGAGAACUUGGUGGCCUACGCCAGAAAAGUGGAGGGGGACAUGUACGAGUCAGCUAACAGCCGGGAUGAGUACUAUCACUUCCUGGCUGAGAAAAUCUAUAAAAUCCAAAAGGAACUGGAGGAGAAGAGGCGCUCAAGGCUGCAGAAGCAAAUCAUCAACCAGGCACCUCUGGCCACCCAGGGGAGCCAGCAGCCCGGCCUCCCCCAGCCCAGUGCCUUUGGCCCAAGGCCACAGAAUGGACCUGUUCCUCUGCCCAACAUGCCAAAUCAGAUCAUGAAUCGCAUGCAGGUGUCACAAGGAAUCAACCAGUUCAACCACAUGGCUCUGCCCAACGCCCAAAUAUCCCAGACACCGAUGGGAGCCCGCGCUGCCUCACCCAUGAACCACCCACAGCAAAUGAACAUGAGCUCCGUCCCAGCGAUGGGCAUGUCUCCCUCCAGGAUGCCCCAGGCCCAGGGCUUGAUAGCCGGACAUGGCGGUGGCAACAUGGUAGGCCAGACGGCCAGCCAGGGACAGUUUCUGGCUCAGACCCAGUUCCCUCCGGGAUCAACAACAGCCGCUGCAACGGGGGCCAUGACUGUCACUGUGGGGCCCGGUAUAGGCCAACCACCUGCACAGGCUGCCGUCACCCAGCAACAGCAGCAACAACAACAACAGAGCGCUAACCUCCCCAUGAAUGCACUUGGCCCCUUGCUGGGCCCUCAGCUAUCCUCCUCCCAAUCCCCCUUGCACACCACACCUCCUCCUGCUGCCUCCUCUGCCUCCACGGCCGGGGGGGUCACUAACCUGCCGCACCCCCAGCCCUCUAGCCGCAGCUCCACCCCCACCCUCCCUGGCCCCGCCCAGGGUGCCACCCCGCCCCGCCCCACCCAGCCCCAACCCCAGGUGGAACUCCCUGCAGCAGCACAGACGCAGCAGCCCCCACCUCAGCCCCCUACCACGCCGCUGUCUCAACCAGGGGCCGGUCUGGAAAACCGGGUGCCCACGCCAGCCUCGGCUGCCAGUGCCGACCUGCACUCGCAGCACGUCGGAGCAGACCUGCCUGUCCAGGAGGUCAAAGCUGAGGCACACCAUGACCAACAAGAGUUUAAGGCCGCUGGCGGCAAAACUGAGCCCAAGAUGGAGACUGAGGAAGACUCUGCUUCAACGGUGGUUAAGAAGGAGGAGCCAGAGGAGAAGCUGGAGCCCAUGGAGGUGGAGGAGAAAAAAACGGAAAUGAAGACAGAACCCAAAGAAGAGGAAGAGGGUGGAGCCAACAGCACGGCCUCUUCAUCCCCCUCUCAGUCACGGAGGAAAAUCUUUAAGCCCGAGGAGUUACGCCAGGCUCUGAUGCCGACUCUGGAGUCUCUCUACAGGCAGGACCCCGAGUCACUGCCCUUCAGACAACCAGUAGACCCUAUGCAUCUGGGCAUCCCUGACUACUUUGACAUUGUUAAGAACCCAAUAGACCUGUCCACAAUAAAGCGUAAGCUUGACACAGGCCAAUACCAGGAGCCCUGGCAAUACGUUGACGAUGUCUGGGUGAUGUUCAACAACGCCUGGCUCUACAACCGCAAGACGUCCCGCGUCUACAAGUACUGCUCCAAGCUGGCGGAGGUGUUUGAGUCAGAGAUCGACCCCGUCAUGCAGGGCCUGGGAUACUGCUGCGGGAGGAAGUACGAGUUCUCCCCUCAAACCCUCUGUUGCUAUGGCAAGCAGCUCUGCACCAUACCUACUGGAGGCACAUACUACAGCUACCAGAACAGGUAUCAUUUCUGUGAGAAGUGCUUCAAUGAGAUCCAAGGGGAGAGCGUGACGUUGGGGGAUGAUCCUGCACAGCCACAGACGAUGAUAUCAAAGGACCAGUUUGAACGGAAGAAGAACGACGUACUCGACUCUGAACCGUUUGUUGAAUGUAAAGAUUGUGGACGGAAGAUGCACCAGAUAUGCGUCUUGCACUACGAUGUCAUUUGGCCAUCUGGAUUCAUCUGUGAAAAUUGUUUAAAGAAGAGUGCAAAAACGCGAAAGGAAAACAAGUUCUCUGCAAAACGGCUGCAGUCCACACGGUUGGGAAUGUACAUAGAGGACCGUGUGAAUAAAUACUUGAAGAGACAGAACCACCCGGAGGCCGGAGAGGUGUUUGUGCGAGUGGUGGCGAGCUCUGACAAAACGGUGGAAGUAAAACCAGGCAUGAAAUCCAGGUUUGUCGACACGGGGGAAAUGCCCGAGACCUUUCCCUACAGAACCAAAGCACUUUUCGCCUUUGAGGAGAUUGACGGCGUGGAUGUGUGCUUCUUUGGCAUGCACGUGCAGGAGUACGGCUCCGAGUGCUCAUUCCCCAACACUAGACGGGUCUACAUAUCCUACCUUGACAGUAUUCACUUCUUCAGACCUCGGAUUCUACGGACAGCAGUGUACCACGAGAUCCUCAUCGGCUAUCUAGAAUAUGUCAAGAAACUCGGCUAUGCCCAGGGCCACAUCUGGGCGUGUCCACCCAGUGAGGGAGAUGACUACAUCUUCCACUGUCAUCCUCUUGACCAGAAGAUCCCAAAGCCCAAGAGGCUGCAAGAGUGGUACAGGAAGAUGCUGGACAAGGCCUUUGCAGAGAGGAUUCUGCAUGACUACAAGGACAUCUGCAAACAGGCGACAGAGGACCGCCUGACCAGCGCCAAUGAGCUGCCGUACUUCGAAGGCGACUUCUGGCCCAACGUGCUGGAGGAGAGCAUUAAGGAGCUGCAGCAGGAGGCGGAGGAGAGGAAGAAGGAGGAGAACACAACUGCUUCUGAAACCCCUGAGGGUACGCCAAGUGACAGCAAAAACGCUAAAAAGAAGAACAACAAGAAGACCAGUAAAAAUAAGGGCAGCGUAAGCCGAGCCAAUAAGAAGAAACCUGGGAUGCCGAAUGUAGCCAAUGAUCUGUCCCAGAAGCUCUACGCCAGCAUGGAGAAACACAAAGAGGUGUUCUUUGUGAUCCACCUCCACUCUGCUCCCAUGGCCAACACCCUGCCUCCCAUCGUUGACCCUGACCCCAUGCUCUCUUGUGACCUGAUGGAUGGCCGCGAUGCCUUCCUGACUCUGGCCAGGGACAAACACUGGGAGUUCAGCUCCCUCAGGAGGUGCAAGUGGAGCAGCAUGUGCAUGCUGGUUGAGCUGCACAACCAGGGACAGGACCGCUUUGUCUACACUUGCAACGAGUGCAAGCACCAUGUAGAGACGCGCUGGCACUGCACUGUGUGCGAGGACUUUGAUCUGUGCAUUAAUUGUUACAACGUGAGGGGCCACGAGCACCAGAUGGUGAAGUGGGGCCUUGGCCUGGACGACGACAGCAGCGGCCAGAGCGGAGAGGCCUCCAAGAGCCCGCAGGAGAGCCGGCGCUUAAGUAUCCAACGCUGCAUCCAGUCCCUGGUCCACGCUUGUCAGUGUCGCAACGCCAACUGCUCUCUGCCGUCCUGCCAGAAGAUGAAGCGAGUGGUGCAGCACACCAAGGGCUGCAAGCGCAAAACCAACGGUGGCUGCCCCGUAUGCAAGCAACUUAUCGCUUUGUGCUGUUACCAUGCCAAGCACUGUCAGGAGAACAAGUGUCCUGUCCCGUUCUGCCUGAACAUCAAGCACAAGCUACGCCAGCAGCAGCUGCAGCACAGGCUCCAGCAGGCCCAGCUGAUGAGGAGAAGAAUGGCCACCAUGCAAGGCAGAACCAUGCCACUACCGUCCCCACCGGCCACAGCUGCUCCCAGCACUCCCACCUCCCAUGCCCAGCCCAACACUCCUCAGCCACCCCAACAGCCGCUCGGCAACCAGCCGCAGACCCCCAACGCAGCGGGCGUCAUGUCUCCCUCUUUUCCCAACAAUGGCCAGCCUCAAACACCUGUGUCCCAGGGCAAACAUGGGCCCCAGGCUUCCCCUCUACACCAACAGCAGUCCCCUCUCCCCCAGCCAGCCCAGCCGCCUCAGCAGCUACAGCAGCAGCCCCCCCUCGCUGCAGUCAAGAUGGCACGGCACAUCGAGAUGAUGGCACAGGCCCAGCAGAACCAGCAGAACUACCGGGUCAACAUGAACGGCUUACCCAUGAGCCCCCAGCAGCAGCCGCAGCAGCGUAUGACCGGACCAAUGCAGCCACAAAUGCAGAUGGUGCCAGGGCCAAGGGGGCCGCAGGUCAUGCAGCCGGGCUUGCCUCCAGGUCAGUGGCCCGGAGCCGUGAGGCCAAUACAGCCGGCUCAGACUCAACAACCGGGCCUUGUCCCGGGCCAGACCCCACAGCAGGCCAUGACAAUGCAGCGAGCCCUGAUGGCCCCAGGGCAGCAGCCGCAGCAGGGCCAGAGGAUGCUGAUUCCACAGCAGCCUGGUGCCCGGCUACAAACACCCCAGAGACCCGGUGCUAUUGCGCCCAACGCCUUGCAGGACCUUCUCCGCACACUCAAGUCUCCCAGCUCGCCGCAGCAGCAGCAGCAAGUUUUAAACAUCCUCAAGUCAAACCCUCAGCUAAUGGCUGCUUUCAUCAAACAGCGAACAGCCAAGUACCAUGCCAACCAGCCGCAGCAAGCAGGUCAGCAACAGCAGCCCGGCAUGCCAACAAUGCAGCCCAUGGCCAUGCCUGGAGGAGCGGUGCAGAGGCCGGGGAUGCCCCCACAGCAGCCUCCUGCGCAGGGCAUGGCUGCAUUAGGGGCUCAAGGGCAGCUAAUAAACGCAGCACACACCAACCCCCAGAUCCAGGAGCUUUACCGUCGGCAGCUCUUAAGGCAGCAGCAGCAGCAGCAGCAGCAACAACAACAACAACAACAACAACAACAACAACAACAGCAACAACAACAGGGAGUGAUGCCUCAAGGCCAUCCUGGCCAGUUCCCUGCUCAGGCUCAGGGUACAGCAGCUUCGUACUCCCAGCUUCGUAUGCAGCAGCAGCUAGCCAUGCAGGCGGGUGCAGGAGCAGCUGGGGCACCUUUGGGCCAGCUCCCACCCAUGGCUCAGAUGGCACAGCCCGGCAUGGUUAUGGACUCCACCAAGAACUUGCUGCAUCAGCGAAUGCUCCAGCAGCAACUUCCCCAGCAGCAGCAGGCCAUCCUCAAGCAGCAGAUGAGCUCUCCAGCCCAGCCCAGCCCCAUGAGCCCUCAGACCCACCUGCUGGCCGGCCAGCCCCAGGGCGGAGCCCACCUACCCGGCCAGCCCACACUAGCCAAUGCCCUCAACAUCCAGGUCCGCUCCCCCGCGCCAGUCCAGUCCCCCUGUCCGCCCUCGCAACAGCAGCCCCAGCAGCAGCGGCCACAUUCCAGUCCCUCGCCGCAGGUCCAGAUCCAGCCCCAGCCCUCGCCGCAGCAUCCACACACGGGUUCCCCCCGCCCGGUACUCGGGGGCCCGCUGUCAGGGUCCAUGGAGCAGGGACACUUGGGGACACCAGAACAAAGCGCCAUGCUACCGCAGCUUAACACGCCCAACAGGGUGGGACUGAACAGUGACUUGGGGAUGGUGGGAGACGCUACAGGGGACACUCUGGAGAAGUUUGUGGAGGGAUUGUAGCAUUUCUGCUUGGAACUAAAGUACACAAUCUCUCUCCCAGGGACCCACCCUCACACUUUGUCCCGUCAGAGGGCUUCGUUUGUUCUUUCUAAGGUUGAGAACGUUUUUUUUGUACUGACGUGUAUAAAGUUUCAACUGUUGUAAAAAGGAAAAAAAGAAAAUUUGGUCGAGAGGGGAAAAAAAUAAGAGUCAACACUUUGAGGGAAUGUAAUUGUUUCCUAAAAGGUCAUUAAGUGAGAUUUAAACCACAAAGAAUAUAUUUUUUGGUUGAGACCAAAUGUGUUCAAUACUCAAUUUAUUUUUGGUUUGUUUUUGGUAUGGUUACAUGCCUUUCUCGUUUCUUUUUUCUUUUUUAAAGAAAAUGUACAAUUGCAUUAUAUUAUUCAUAUCUUUUUAUUUUGUACCUUUGGAAAAGAAACUUCAAGCAUCGUUGUGUUGAAACUGUAAAAUAAUGUGUCUGGGAAUUGGGCCAGGUUUUCGUUCUCUUUUCAAGCUGUCAUUCCUGGCAAUUGUAAUCUAGUGUUGUACCAUUUACUCCGAGACGGUGCGUUCAGGGACCGCUCCCCUCCUUCUUUGUGUGUAUGAAGAGCACUCGGUUGUAUUGAAAUAGGAAAAUGGGACUGCGGCAGUUGUUUAUUCACGGGCACGUAUACGGGCGCACAUGACGACACUGACACAAACUCUCACAGUCACUAAAAUAACUACAGCUCCGACUGGUUUCACAAACGCAGACGACAAGAAGUGCAACACACAUCUCAAAAAUCUGUCCUGCAGCUGUAGGACAUUGUUGCUUUGACAUUAAAAUGAUUUUGUCAUACGUUUUGUCAUACAAAUGUUGUAAAGUGUAAAAAGAGACCCUCCUCCUAAGCUGAGGUGGAACGCUCACCGCUUGUUUGUCGGCCACAUCUCUGAUGACGCUUCAUCCUCUCGACUUUACACUAAGCUAUGUGCUUUCUAUGGAUGAAGGGCCAAUUUGAGAUUCACCCUGAGGAAAAUGAAAUGUUAUCAACCCUCAUUCCUCUCUCACAGAAACUUGAAUUGGGGGGAUUUACUUUUUCUCCUAUUGUAAAUCAAGUUAUUAAGCAAAAUACUAUAAAUAUAAGGAAGAGAAAAUGAAAACACUGUAUAAACCGGUUAAAAAGACUCAUUUCUUACUUAUAUACCAUAUUGUUAAAUAAACUCUGUGCAGCAGAAGAACUCCAUUA